AUGUUGGAUCCCUUCCCACCUCCACCAAUAUGGCUCAGACAGCUUGUCGAGCCUGGGGUGCUCUUCCUCAAUCUCCCCGCUCUCUCUAACCACAUCCAUGAAAUCUUAAUCUCCUUUGCUGGAUACCAAAUUAUCCAAUUUUUCCUCGGCCCCUGGAUGUCACGACGAUUGUUCCCUCAGUACUAUCUUCAAUUGGAUAAGCGUACUAAACUGAACUGGGAUGUUCAUGUUGUAUCUUUAGUUCAGUCUAUCGUUGUCAGUUCGUUAGCACUGUGGAUUAUCUUCGCCGACAAGGAGCGCAAGACGAUGAACACUAGCGAGCGGAUCUAUGGAUACUCAGGUGGUUGCGCGAUGCUCGGAGCUCUAGCCAUUGGUUACUUUCUCUAUGACCUAAUCAUUAGCGCCGUUCAUAUUGAAAUAUAUGGCGUUGGCAUGCUCUUUCACGCCAUUACUGCUUCGUGUGUAUUCAGCUUCGGAUUUAGACCGUUCCUAACCUACUACUCGCCUGUCUUUAUUCUCUACGAGCUUUCCAGUCCCUUUCUCAACUUUCACUGGUUUCUUGACAAAACUGGUAUGAGCGGGAGCAAGCUUCAAUGGUAUAACGGGAUGUUAUUGCUUUUGGUGUUUUUCUGCUGUCGGAUUGCCUGGGGAACCUGGCAGAUUGCACUCGUCUACAACGACAUGUGGCAUGCUCUCUAUCAGCCCAGCCUCGCACCUGCUUCGCAAUUUCAGUAUUUGGCGGCCGCCACUCAAGCUUCUCAUCAGUGGGAUGGAUACCACUGUCCCGACGAUCCGCGCGAAAUCUCAAAGUCCUCUACCUCCAGAGCCAGAGUAAUACCAAUGUGGCUAGUCUUGAUUUACGUUGUUUCAAGUUCAAUCCUCAAUAUCUUGAACUUCUAUUGGUUCUCGAAGAUGAUCGAGGCAGUCCUAAAGCGCUUCCAAUCUCAACCAACGGGAAAAUCGAAGGGGAAAUUUUUGACCAAGUCUUAUGGAAGCUGCAAAAUUGUACAAUGA